AUGGGCCCCCAAGCCGAUUCUCACUCGUGCCCGCAAGAUGCUGGCAAGACAGGCGGAGAUGGAGAAGAUGAUGGUAGAACGGGCAGCAAGGGCAGCAAGGGAAGAAAGGGCUUCACGGAACGGCGGAUUAGCGGAGGUGGCCCAGGUGGGGGCGGCAGCAAAUGUCCGAGGACGACUAGUGGCGAAGUGGCGUGCAGUUUUGAGGAGAUUGGGUUGGGGGCGGGAGGAUUAGGUGGGGGCGGCAGCAAACGUCCGAGGAUGACUAGUAGCGUGCAGUUUGGAGGAGAUUGGGUUGGGGGCGGGAGGAUUAAGUGA